AUGGUAAUGAAUGACUCUGGCAUCCAUGAAAAUGCAACAUCAACAGAGAGCGUUGCGACAUAUUUCCAGGAGGAUCCGGCAUUACAUUAUGCAUACUUUAUAUCCCUUUGCGCCACUACGCUUGUCGGAAACAUUGGGAAUAUCCUCGUCAUUGGUGCAGUGUACUGCGACAGGACGCUGCGCUCCUGUUUUAGUAACAUAUUCAUCGUAAACCUGGCUGUUGCAGACCUUUGCGUCACAAUGAUCGUUGACCCCAUGAGCAUCAUGGGUGUCAUCGUUGGUGAUGAUUUCUUCAAUGAGAACACAACGCUCUGUCAUUUUGUUGGGAGCAUCUGCGUCACGAGCUGCGUCUGCAGUCUCUGGAGCAUCACGGCUAUCAGUAUCAACAGAUACGUGCUUAUAUGUAAGAACCAGCUCUAUAGAGUCAUUUAUAGUCACAAGAACUGUCUUAUCAUGUGUUGCGGACUAUGGCUAGCUGCAUUUGCUCUAGACAUUCCAAAUUUCACCGACUGGGGCAAUCAUGCGUAUGAUUUGAAAACCAUGGCUUGUUCAUAUGAUCGCCUGGCCAGUUAUUCUUACACAGUGUUCUUCAUAAUAAUGUUUGUUACGAUGCCUCUUCUGACAGUUCUGUUUUGCAACAUCAACAUAUUCGUGACAGUUCGUAAAAGCAAACUUAAAAUAAAGACUCACCGUAACAAAGUACAACCAGCUACAACGUCGACUGACUUUACCAUUCGCCUACAAGAUGACGAUGUCUCAGUUGAACUGCAUAAUUCGGAGGCGAUCACAGAUGAGCAUCGCAAUUCGGAGGCGAUAAAAGAUGAGCGCCAUAAUUCGGAGGCGAGCACAGAUGAGCGCCAUAAUUCGGAGGCGAUUAGAGAUGAACAUCAUAAUUCGGAGGCAAUCAUAAAUGAACCCGACUUGAACAGGUGUUCAAAUACAGGUACUAUCGCGAAACCUUGUGGAAAUGAUAAUGAAGAUGGAGUACAAUCAAGAAAUGACUUGCAUGGAAACAUGCACUCAGGUGAAAAGGACAGUAGGUCGCACGCUAAAAAGGGCGUCUCUUUCCAUAUGGCAGAUGGACGCGCUACAAUGGGAUCACUUAAAGAAUAUAGAUCGUCUAGAUCGAAUAAAGUAAAAAACAGUGACGUAAAACUGGCCAAAACGUUGGUUAUUGUUUUCAUCGUGUUUGCCGUUUGUUGGGCUCCAUACGCGCUAAUCUGUCUAAUUGAUCCAAACGACAUAAUUCCGAAGGCCGCUUAUGUUGUCGCCAUUCAGUUGGCCCACUCAAGCAGCAGCAUUAAUAGCAUCCUAUAUGCUGCGCUCAAUAAAAACUUUAGGAAUGGUUACAAACGUUUUCUGCGGAAUGUGUUCUGCUUCUGUCGGAAAUUAAAAAAGCAAAUGUAA